UUUGGUUGGCAGAUCUUUGGGUUUAUUGUGUUUAUUGAUAUUGCCAGGCUCUGGUAGUUCAGAGGAGCUUCGAAAACUAGAUCCCGACGACAUAAUGGCAGGAUCUGAAGUUGUCAAGCAGUUGUUCGCCUGCAAUUUCGAGGUGUUUGGACGAGUGCAAGGUGUAUUUUUUCGCAAGUACACCGAAAAGGCGGCGAAUAACUUGGGUGUCAAAGGCUGGUGUAUGAAUACACAGGAUGGAACGGUCAAAGGACAAUUGGAGGCUCCCCUGGCGGAGCUUAAUGAAAUGAAACAUUGGCUCCAGACCAAAGGAAGUCCCAGUUCGAAGAUCUCCAAGGCAGAGUUCACACCAGCGCGGGAAAUCAAUGCAUAUACUUUUAAUAGUUUCGAUAUUAGACGUUAGAACAGUUUUCAAGCAAAUGGAGGCUUUAUUUAAAAAAAAAAAACCCUAAAAAGUACCACACCAAAUAUAUGUACAUAGUUCAAAACAUAAACAAAACUCGGGAACGGCGCAGACUUGCAUUUUGUGUUUGCCCCGCCGCUGAAAUUAAGUA